UGAUUUUUGUGUAGUGGAGUUAGGAGUUUGGGCCAACCCAGCAUCCCACUUUAGGGCUACAAAAAUUAAAAUCAAAACCACAUCAGUGUUGUACAUUUGGAAGAAAGAAAUGGCAAUAGCAUCAACAUCAGCCUCAAAGCUCCUCUCUUUUUCCUCGUUAUCAUUCCGUCUGCGAAGCCUCACAACCGCCUCUAGUAUCAGCAGCAACUGCAGCACCACAAGCAAGAAGAAGAAGGAGAAGGAGAAGCUGAAGCAGAGAGUGGUGAUAAAAGAAAAGAGGAGAACGCGUUCUGAUAGAGAGUUCAAAUUGGAAACCAUUAAACGUUAUGGAGAUACUGCCACCCACAUUCCAGUCAUGCUUGGUGAAGUUUUGGAUGUAUUCUCGGCAUCCAAACAGCUCCGGUACUUCGUCGACUGUACGGUUGGAGCUGCUGGGCAUUCCUCUGCGAUAAUUGAAGGCCAUCCAGAAAUGGAAGUGUAUGUAGGACUUGAUGUUGAUCCUGUGGCGCUUGAGAAGGCUCGAGCUCGGAUCAACUCUGUUUUGCAUAACCCAACUUCUUCGACCCUCAAAGCUUCCACCUUUCUGGAGAAUUUCAGAUAUGUUAAGUCUCUGCUUUGCGAUGUGGAUGAGACACUCCUUGACACUGGGAUUGAUGGGAUUUUAAUGGACUUGGGAAUGUCAUCAAUGCAAGUGAACGAUCCUGAAAGAGGGUUCAGUGUGCUUGCUGAUGGACCUCUUGAUAUGCGAAUGGAUCCUCAGGCAAGUCUGAAAGCUGAAGACAUUUUAAACUCUUGGCCAGAGACUGAGGUAGGGCGCAUCCUGCGAGAGUAUGGGGAAGAAAGUAACUGGUACUCUCUUCAAAAUAGAAUUGUUAAAGCCCGAUUGAAUGGUGGAUUGCAUUCCACUGGUGAUCUAGUUGAUCUUAUAAAAAGUGCGACUCCUCUGAGCCGAGAAGGAAGGCAAGGUUGGAUUAAGACAGCUACAAGGGUCUUUCAAGCUCUGAGGAUAGCUGUCAACGAUGAACUGAAGACUCUGGAGGAUUCUCUUUAUGCUUGUUUUGACUGCCUUGCACCUGGUGGUAGGCUAGCGGUCAUCUCUUUCCAUAGUUUGGAAGACAGAAUUGUGAAACAAACAUUUCUGGACAUCAUCAAUGUCAAAGAUGGAGAUGGGGAUAUUGAUAUGAAUGAAGAAGAAGCGUGGAAGAAAGAUUUGAGAAAGAUCAAGAAUGACAUUGAUGAAAGUGAAGCAUGGAUCAAACAAAUGGUACAAGGCUUGAGAGGAACAAUUCUCACUAAGAGACCAAUUACACCUUCUGAAAAGGAAGAGAGCCUGAAUAGCCGUUCCAGAAGUGCUAAGCUGAGGGUGAUUCAGAAGGCUUAGUUUAAUUAAGGUUUUGAAGACAUUCCUACAGCAAUAUUUAUCUGCAUCUCUGGUGUUUUCCCCAUUUUUUAUUCACAUUUUGUUUAGGUUGGGAGUUUAGAUUAUAUAAACAUUUUUUUGUUUUUGAGGAAUGUAAAAUUCCACAUAUAUGAAAUAUCUCAAA